AUGUGGAGCCUCCAUAACCUCAAUGGUGACUUCGCCGCUGACUCUGUUGAGAUCCGUGAGGUAUGGGACUCUAACCUGGAGGACGAACUCUCUCUCAUUUGCUCUAUUAUUGCCGACUACCCCUUCGUCUCCAUGGACACCGAGUUCCCCGCCGUCCUAGUUCCCUCUGCCGUCACUUCUUUGAAUUCAUUUGUAUUCAAAUACCAAAAUCUCAAACGCAAUGUCGACGUCCUCAAACUCAUCCAACUCGGCCUCACCUUCUUUGACUCUUCAGGCCACCUCCCUCACUUCGGCUCUCCCCCUCGCCCUUGCAUUUGGCAGUUCAAUUUCCGCGAGUUUGACGCAGCAAGGGACAUCUUCGACCGCAGCCAUAUUGAGCUUCUUCGUCACAGCGGCAUGGACUUAGAAAAGGAUCACCGCCUCGGCGUCACCGCCGAUCGCUUUUCCGAACUCAUCAUCUCUUCCGGCGUCGUGCAAAAUGAUUCUGUCCAAUGGAUCACUUUCUAUAGUUUCUUCGACUUAGGGUAUCUUCUCAAAACGUUAACUUGCCGCAAUCUACCAGACUCACAGGAGGAUUUCUGCCAUUCUCUGCGGUUGUAUUUUCCUAAAGUCUAUGACAUUAAGCAUUUGAUGAAGUUUUGCAACAACCUCCAUGGCGGGCUGAACAAAGUCGCAGAGGAUCUUGGGGUGGCAAGAGUCGGAACCUACCACCAGGCUGGAUUAGAUAGUUUGCUCGUUGCUGCCGUCUUCAUGAAGUUGAAAGGUCAUUUUUUUCAUGGAUCUGUUGAAAGAUACGCUGGAUUUUUAUGUGGUCUUUGCUGUUGA